CGUCAUAAGGCGGCGGCCAUUUUCGCGGGCGGAGGCGGCCCGAGCGGGCGCUCAGAGAGCGAGGGCGGGCGGGCCUGAGGCGGUGCGGCGGCCGGGCGGCCUCGGCCACCCGGUAAUCGCAUCUUCUCCCGGCGUCUCGUUUCAGAGGGAGCAGUAUGUCCGCGGAAGUCCCUGAGGCAGCCUCCGCGGAGGAGCAGAAGGAAAUGGAAGAUAAAGUGACUAGUCCAGAGAAAGCUGAAGAAGCAAAAUUAAAAGCAAGGUAUCCUCAUCUGGGACAAAAGCCUGGAGGUUCAGAUUUCUUAAGGAAACGAUUACAGAAGGGGCAAAAAUAUUUUGAUUCUGGGGAUUACAACAUGGCUAAAGCCAAAAUGAAGAACAAGCAGCUUCCUACUGCAGCUCCGGAUAAGACAGAGGUCACUGGUGAUCACAUUCCCACUCCACAGGAUCUUCCUCAACGGAAACCAUCCCUUGUUGCUAGCAAGCUGGCUGGCUGAUUAAAAGAGCUGAACUGCAUGAAUCUUCUAAUUCCCAUUAUUUCUCCUUAAUAUGUUACUUCUCUGCUUUUUAUUUCCUUUCAUUCACUAAGUCAUUUGAGAAUGACAGCUUUGCAGGUAGCGGUAGUGUGUGCUGCUAUUGUAAGGGAAUAUACGUGUGUAGAGUUUUGAUUAGUUUUAACAGUGCACUGAUAAAGAGAACAUGUUAGAGCAACAUAAUCUACUUGAAAAUAAUUGUAUAUAUUACCUAACUUCUAGUGUAGGACUGAUUCAACAAGUAACAAGCAAGUUUUACAAUUGUAGUAUUUUGGCUUUCUUUAAUUCAUCUUAAUUAUAGCUUUGUAUGUUACUCUUAUUUAAUAUAACCUCUAUUGUAUUGAUUUCUUCUGUAUUUUCCUUUUGGAUUUUGUAAAACAAGUUUAAGACCACAAGUUGGAAGGAAGAUCACACUCUUCAAACAAAAAUAGAUGGGGUUCUGAAAGAUUUGUUUCUCUGUGCUUGAACUUGAAUGGCCUUAAACCUGUUUCAGCUUUAACAAUAGAAUUUUACUUGGGCAAUAUUUGCCCAUUCUGGUGUAACUUAUGUGACUAGUGCUUAACAGCUGCCGUUGAAGCUAGUAUUCUUAUUCCGUUCUGUAGUGUUAGAAUAUCUUUUGUUGAAGAUGUGAAUGAAGUGUGCAUGUGCAUCGACUGUUGAAUUCACUUUUGUGCCAUUUUUGUAAAUACAGUAGUUUUGCACAACCUCUCACAAAUGUCUGUAUUAAUUUCACAUACUAAAAAGUAGAUGAUGUGCCAACCAGAAGCACAAGAGUUCCUACACAAAACUCUGUAUGUCAUUAGAGCUUUUGUAUAGUAAGAGUAGUUUACAAUCUUGGGCUUAUAGAAUACCAAACAAAUCUUUGCUUAGUCUGUCAUAGACCUAAGCUUUUUCGUUUGUUACUAAUAUCCAUGACAUCCAGUGGCCUUGUGCAGAUAUGAUAUGUUGCUUAGGCAUAUCUUUUGUCCUAUGCAGAACAUUUUCAUUUUGACUUUUAUGAAAAUUGCAAUUCAUGUAAUUUAUAUAAACUUUUUUAAUGUAGAAACUUUUUACUUCCACAGUCAGUUUGGGGGACACGAGAAUAAAAGGCUUCGAUACUCUGCCUCCUGUGGCCCCUUCCUCCUUUUUUUCUUGCUUCUUUGACUCAAGUCGUGUUCAGCUGUGCUGUUUAGUCUAUUCAGAAGCAUAGGUGUGUAUCUUCACUCUUGAAAUUUGCUCUGCUGAAUGCUAUAUUUUAUAACGGAAUGAUGUUUUUCUUAUAAUUUCUCAGUUGUUAAUUAACCACUCUUAAUCCUGUAUUAUUACUAAUAUUUGACACUUGUUUAAAUAAAAGGAACUUUUUACUGAAACAAAUACUUGAGAAGACUGGCCCAGGAACCUAUGUCAGGAUGAGCUGAAUUCUGGUAAAUAAUUUUAAGUAAGCUAAGUGACUUACACUUCUGACACUUAGAGUCAUUUAUGUGGUAGGUGAAACAUACUCAUAUUAAAAUAUUUAGAUAUUUUACUUCUAUAGAUGUCACUUUAAUAAAAUAAUCAAUUUAAUUUUACUUGUGAUUUAUCUAGUUAGUAAGAAUUUUAAUUAACAGACUUUAUCAGGAUACAUUUACUACUCUUUUAAGAGCUCUUCCUAUAGGUGAUAUAAUGCUAUAGCAUGACAGUGAAGAUCAGUAGCCUGAGAUGAUAAUAUUUUUUUCUUUGUCUUUGACUUGCACGGGGCCUCCCCUCUUUUCAGAUCCAGGCAUUUUUUCUAGAUCUUGGCUCCAUCUGUAUACUUGCUUUCCUGUGACUCCAAACAAAUCAUUGUAAAUGGUGCCUUGAGCAUAGCACCUGCACUUAAAGGCUGCCUAGCACUCUGAGUAAGGCUUGCUGAUUAUCUUCCUGUUCCACCCACCCCAAAAGGCAGAAAAGCAAUGAAGUCAGUAAUGUUCUAGUGUGUAAUUUUAAGGAUCAGUUAUAUAUAAAUAUAUUUGUGUUGGGAGCAAGUAGAUUAUUCCACAAUAUGUAUAAUCAUUGUAGGAUCCAUUUAAGAAUUAGGAAAUACCCCAAAGUAGAAUUUGUGUAGUGUCUAGUCUUUUUUUUUUGGAUGAUAUUUGCAAGCUGUCAACAUUAAAUUUACACAUUAGAGAUGAUUAAUCUGAAAGAUCACAGAGACCAUGUUAUUCUUGACCAUGAUAGGACUCCUGCUGUGGUUUGCAACAAGUGAUAUAACCUCUGUCUAAGUUUUAUUUGUAAAAUACAAUGCUGAUAUUUAACCUACCUCAAAACUUGUUGAGGAUCUGUGAAAUACUGAGUAAGUGCCCAAAAUAAAAUACUGUUGAUUGUCUUUUUAUUGAAA